AGUGACUCUACUAGUAUGACGUUUCACAGGCUCGGCAUCAUGCUGUCGACAGCCUUGCUUAUUCAAGCCGUAAGUGGUACCUCCCGAUUCGACGGACUGGGAGGUCUAGACCACGGAACAUGUCUUCAAGGACUCGAGGCUACCGUAGAGAUUGAAGUUGACGGACAACGACACGUAUUCGCUCCGAUGUGGCAAAGGCCAAUCGCUGAAGCAACCGCGUUUUGUGGCACCUUGCGAGUUUACCAGUCGGAUUGUGCAUCUCUUGUUGCGAAACAAGCGCAAGACAAGCUCUCCGACGUCCACGCACUGGCGUCGUACCUAAAUUGCCGUGGUUUUCACUCGUUUGAAGGUCACACGUCGCUCUUCCCCGUGUCCGUUCAAAUCCUGAGCUCGCUCGUGGCCGAGCCUGCGUCCGUACGCCGGGCUUUGCAGGUUGGCUUCAACGCCGGUCACUCGACCAUGACCAUGCUCCGCGCCAACCCGAAUGUACACAUCACCAGCUUUGACCUGGCGGAACACCCGUACGUGUUUGAAGCCGCAGCGUUCUUUGACGUCGUGUUCCCAGGCCGUCAUCGCCUUGUUCCGGGGGACUCAACGACCACCAUCCCCAUCUUUCCCCACGUGCAUGGCGAGGACGCUCCAUUUGACUUUGUCUUUAUUGAUGGCGGCCACAGCUACGAAGUGGCGUCGGCGGAUCUGCGCAACUGCAAUCGCCUGGCUCGGGCCGGGACGAUUGUCGCCAUGGACGACGUCGCCGGCGUGUCCAAAUCGUUUUGGACCGACGGGCCGACCCGCGCAUGGGACGACGCGAUUGCGUCCGGCCUCGUCGUGGAACUCGGGCGCGUCGAAUCAGGGUGUGGCAACGUCACGCCCACGUGGGUACUCGGGCGGACUCAAACUCACGGGGACGGAUUGUACGGCAUCGCGUUUGGCAUGUACACUGGCCACGUCCAGAACUUGGUGGCCGCCCACGUUUGAUCAAAACAAGUAGUGUGGAGUUUAUAUUAAAUAAAGAGGGCGUUACAGCCAAAUGGACGACGAGUCGCCUUCCGUGUCGGACAGUUGAUGACGUGGCGAGCCCACAGACGGUUCCGACUGGCGCCGGGACCGGUCCUCCGAAUCAUCGUCCUUCUUGCCGAGGCCUCGCGGCCCUUGGAACCACUGCAUCCGCGAUUCUUUGGUGCGGUCCACACGACUACUACUUCUACUGGAUGUCGUGUCUUUAGCCAACGACUGGAGCUCACUCUGGAGGGAUUGCACUUGCUGGGCCGACGCAGCCUCCACGCGAAGCUUUUCUUGGGUGAUUUGCACGAUGCUAUGCCUCGUUACUUCUAGAGUUGCUUGAUGGACUUGCAGUUCUUGCCGUAGUUGCGCCACCUCGGCUUGAAGCCGCUGCUGCUCGGCCACGUCCGACGCCAACUUGGAGUACUUGUGCUUACGCAUGGCCGUCGCGAGGAGGUGGGACGCUUUUUCAAACUGCAGUUCUUUGUGCAAGUGGUCGACUUGCGCUUUCAAGUCUUGCGCGUACUGCUCCUUGUCGGCAGAAGAUCCCAGCGGUUCGAAUUGGCGGAAUGUGCUGAUUUCCGGCAGCUUUAGCAGGCCGUGGAUCUCGUUCACCACGGCGCGCUUCAUCGAGUCCAGCGCGGACUCUUCAGGUAGCACGGACGCCUUGGUGGCCUCGCCCAAGUCGCUCGCGUCGUCCGCCUUCAUGAUCUGCGAAGUGUACUUGAGUUGUUUCAGUUCCUGUUUCAUGUCUUCGAUGUGCUUUUCCGUCGCUUGGACUUCCGUUUCGGCUUCAGCAGACGCCAUUGCCGCAACAUUUGCGGCUUCGGCGAUAGAAGGAGCGGCAUGGGAGUCGAGCCAGUCGGCCAACGCCUCGGCCCGCUGCAGCAACGAAAACGCCUUCUUCUUCAAUGUCCGCUGGGUGGCAGGGUCGAGUUCAUUGCGGCCGAUCUCCGUGAAAAUGUCCCCAGCAUCCACGUACGCGUCCACGGCGGCGGCGUAGUCCCGGCCACGUUCCUUGGCCAUGGCGGACUUCGUAAUGUCAAUGGCUCGUUGGUACAGUUGCUGUUGAUACACAAUGUCGUUGCGCUGAGCUCGGGGAACGUUCGACUGGGAGGUUGGAUGAAUUGUCGGUGGCGGAUUGAUCACGCAUGGCGGCGGUGCCACGGGGAUCGUUGACUCUUGUGUGUUUGGAGUUGGAUUGAUGACAUCUUCAUCGUCGUCCCAGUCAUCUUCGCAGAUCUCAUCGUGGUGUGGGAUGGCCAAGAAGGAUGCCGGGGAGAACUGCACUCGUGAUGGAGGGGAUGGUGCGUUACCAGCCCGUAACUUGGCCAACUGCUCCUCUAACGUCGACGGCAUGGAGGAUUGAUUGCCGACGCACACCGACAGCCAGAAUU